AGACUGUGACACAUCUGUAGGACUGCAAUGACAAGUCCGAGCAGUAGCCAUGCAGAAAGAACAGGUGCAAUGUCCUCGAAGCAGCUGGCCACCCCCAAACUGCAGGUCAAGCGCUCCCACUCAACAGAGACCAUCACCAUCCACUUCUCUGCCUUUGGGAAGGAGGAAGAGGAGGAGGAAGAGGAGCUGUACAGAGAUUCUUCCCCUGAGGAGCUGGGCAACCAAAGCGUUGUAACUGCCCUCGAAGCCAAGGAAGAGCUUCUGUUUGAGCAUGAUCCCAAUACCUCAGCUAGCGUGGCUGUCCUGCCACUACCCUCCUCUUCAGCAGCAGCGGUGCCAAGCGAGUUCUCCACCUUCCCAUCCGUGCCACACGUCUCCAGCACAGCUGUGGCCAUGUUGUCGCCAUCGCCAGCCCACGUGAUCUCUUCGGCCAGCUUGGCGGGCUCGUCCUGGCCUUCGGAACACAAAACAGCCACUGCCGCCACCGCCGUGAGCACUUUAUCAUCCUCCUCAUCCUCCUCUUCCUCCCCAUCGAAAUCGGCGGUCCUCUCCUUCGGCACGCCUGUGUCCACCCUCCCCAGCACCAAGCCCUUCAUGAGCCUCGUCAAGUCUCUCACCUCUGACGUGGAGCCCACAGAGCCCGCACCCACGCUGAAGCACCGGCACCUGAUGAAGACACUGGUAAAGUCCCUGUCCACCGACACCUACAAGUCGGAUGCGGACUCUGUGUCGUACCGCUCGCCCGACUCCCGGCUGAACCUGCACCUCUUCAAGCAGUUCACCCAGCCCCGCAGCACAGGCGGGGACUCUAAGACCGCCCCCUCGUCCCCCCUCACCUCCCCCUCGGACGGACGCUCCUCGUUCUUCAAUGUGACCGAGGUGGAGGCCAGGAUCGAGGACACCAAGAGGCGCCUCUCAGAGGUGAUCUACGAACCUUUCCAGCUCCUCAGCAAGAUGAUGGGCGAUGAGAGCAGCAGCAGCUGCAGGCCCAAGGCGUUGUCUUCGAGCGCCUCCGAGCUUUCGAACCUUGCCAGUUUGAACGGGCUCAUGGAGAGCAAUAACAACUACAGCAUCAAGGAGGAGGAGUGUGACUCGGAGGGCGAGUGUCUGCCGGGGGAUUCGCUCCCUGGCCGGAUUGAAAGCUCCUCGAGCUUGGACGAGCAGGGUAGAGACGCGCACCCUGACACUAAAAGCCUGCUAGGCAGCGGCACGAAGAACAUAAGGAUGUCGUCUUCGGUGAUGGAAAAGUGCUCUCUGUCUGCGCUGGCCAGCAAAGAGGAGGAGGAGUUUUGUGAACUGUAUAUUGAAGACUUUGACCUGGACUUUGAAACGGAAAGCGACGGGCUCAAAGCGGAGGCCUCCAGCGCGAUGGCGUGUAAGGAAGGAAGCACGGACGUCUGCAGGGAAGAUGAGCCCGAUGUGGAUGAUGAGCCGCUGCCCAGCAUACCUCUCAAAACCUUGCUCGCUCUCGUCGCGCUUGUGUAUGCCUACUUUGUACUGCCUUUGCCUACUUAUGUGAGCGGCCUGCUGCUGGGAGCUGGGGUCGGGUUCAUGAUCGCUGUCGGGGUCAUGUGGCUGGUGGCGCCCAGGAGCUCCGCGCAUCUUCACAAGCGCGGCAAGCGCAGGGGCAACCAGUGGAACACCGCGCACUUGGAUAUCAAGGAGCCAGGGAUUUUUAAGGGCUGGAUGAAUGAAAUCUCCAGUUACGACCCAGAAACGUACCACGCCACGCUGACACACUCUGUCUACGUGCGACUCGAAGGGUCCACGCUGAGACUCUCCAAACCCAACAAAAACAUCUCCAGGAGGGCGUCCUUCAACGAGCCCAAGCCAGACGUCACCUACAUCAGCCAGAAGAUUUACGAUCUCACCGCCAGCAAGAUUCACCUUGUGCCCCAGAGUCUGGCCCGGAAGAGGGUUUGGAACAAAAAGUACCCGAUCUGCAUCGAGUUGGGCAAGCAGGAUGACUUCAUGUCAAAAGUGGAGGCGGGAGGGGACAGGGAGGGAGAGGAGGAGAGGGGUGAGGCAGGAGGGGAGGAGCUGAAGCAGCCCCUGCUCUCCCAGGAGGGGGGGCUGCCAGCCCAGCCGCCCAGCCACAGGGACCCCACGCUGUACCUCUUUGGCAGGACAGGAAGGGAGAAGGAGGAGUGGUUCCACAGGAUCCUGCUGGCUUCCAGGCUGAAGUUGGACACCAAGAAAGCAUCCAGCUUACCAGGAAACAAGCCCGGUAAAGAAAGCAGCAGCAGCAGGUUCGCCCCGUCCCACAGCAGGAAUAGCAGCCAGUCGGGGGCGCUGACGCACAGCCGCAGCAGCAGCAAGGGCAGCGUGGAGGAUGUGAUGUGUCCACCCAAGCAGAAGGAGCUGGCGGCCAGCGUGAGGCAGAAGAUGCUGCUGGACUACAGCGUGUUCAUGGCCAAAUACAUCCCCCUGGAGAGCAGCAACAGCCCUGGCCAGAGCCCAGCCCACAGCACUGACAGCAGCCCCAGCACCACCAGCAAGUUGCCAAGCAAUCCGCUAGAGGAAGAGCCCGAGGCUUGGAUCAAUGCUUUGCUCGGGAGGAUAUUCUGGGAUUUCCUCGGAGAGAAGUACUGGUCCGACAUUGUGUCCAAAAAGAUCCAGAUGAAGCUGAGCAAAAUCAGGCUGCCAUACUUCAUGAAUGAACUGACUCUAACAGAACUGGACAUGGGAGUCGCUGUUCCGAAAAUCCUGCAAGCCUCCAAGCCCUCCAUCGAUCACCAAGGCAAGUUGCAUUAAAACAGCAUGGUGUGAACA